AGUCUUUCCUCAUACGGCAGAACCUUCUGUCACUAUCUUUGUUAAUCUUUGUUACUACUUUGUACUCUUUCCAGGUUUUUUUUUUUUUUCAUGUUUCUUAUGGGAUGACCACGCCACUAGCAUAUUCCAGUUUUGGUCUUAUCAUUGUGACUAUUAUUUUCUUUAUCAUUUCCUCAUUCAAGUAUAGUAGGUUUGGUGCGGCUCUGCGACAGGUGGUACUAGUAUGGAAGCCUUGGAGAGAGAGAGAGAGAGAGAGACUCAAGAAGCUAAGUAGAAGGGAAAGGAGUUAUGAUGGUAAAUCAAAUAAAAAAUGAAAAGAAUAACCCAGUACGUAGAGAGAUAAAGAAAAUGAAAUGAGGUUCGUCUCAACAUGAAAAAUAUGAGGUUAUAUAUUUGAAUUUCACAAGCACAAACUCAAAUAUCCCGGGAUAGUUGAGUCACAGAAGCUGUCCGAAGGUUGUGUCGAGUUAAUACAUGGAAGAAAUGAACUUUUGGGCAUUAAACAACAAAAUGUUCAUCCUGCCUCAUUCGAAAACUAUGGAAAAAUCGAAAGCAAAGUGUUUCGAGUCUUCUUGGUGUGUGUGUUGUUUAUCUCUCCUAUUGAAUUGAACGCGUGACAGAAUAACGAUGAAAAAUUCAGGUAUUCUUCAGAUAAGAACGGGUACUGCACAAAAUCUUUGGCUGGGAUAAUUUACGAAUAACAGUAAGAGAAUAUAAGAUAUCUGUUUUCAUUCAGCAUUUCAUUUUAGCUAUACACACAUUUUUUCCUGGCAUGCACCUGCUGCCUUGUGACAACAGACAAUAAAAAUAGACAUAGGCUCGUAUCUCGAGUGGCAGUCGGGAAGCGCAGGCGCGGCGGACCUGUUGGGUGGACGAGUUUAUAAUUAGUGUUGACGUCGCCUUGCUGAGUUCCGCGUUAUAAUUAUUAGUGUCUCGACGUCGAGGCUCCGUAAAAGUUGGCCUGGUGUGAGAGCUGUGAGUGGUGAAGUACAGCUCAGUGGUGGAGCCUUCCAGCAACACCCACACACCAUCUCACUUCUUGCUCUGGCCUUGUCAUGAUGCAUUUUGCAGUGAGGUUUAUUUCAGCAUAAGGUAACUGAAGGGAUCAGUUAUAUGGCCAGGGAGUGCCAUGGAACCUUCACCAGUCAUUUAGGGGAAACCACUGCUUGACCACAGGAUAGAGUCAGCCCCUCUCUGCUUCACUCAACCCAUCUCCACCAGCAAACAAUCUCCUCCUCAGCACCAUGGGAAUGCACAUGAAUUUCAGUGAUGAUGAAUAUCCAUCUGACUUUGAAGAUCUGAGGGAGAUAGUGACGACAGUGGAGACACCACUCCGGCCCAUCCCGGAGAUCAGGAUGCACAUAUCCCGCUUCUUGGAUGGUGCUGACAUGGAUGAGGUUUAUCCUAGACUCUUUUUGGGAGACUGUGAUGCUGCCAUGAAUGAGGCUUACCUUCGCAAGAAUGGUAUCACUCACAUUCUCAAUGCUGCAGGUAACACCUGUGGUCCAGCCCCAGUUAAAACAGGGAAAAGUUUCUACAAGGACCAGUCACUUGUAUACCUGGGGCUGAACCUCAUUGAUCUUCCAUUCAUCAAUAUUUCUGUACACUUUGAAAAGGCAUCAGCUUUUAUUGAAGAGGCACUCUCAUCAGGAGGCAAGGUGUUGGUACAUUGCCGACAGGGGCGGUCACGUUCAGCUGCCAUUGUAGCAGCUUUCCUCAUGAUGUGUCGAGGAAUGACAGCUGCUAAUGCUCUCACCAUGCUCAGGAAAAAGCGUGAGAUUCGUCCAAACAAUGGUUUCUUGCAACAUCUGGCAAACCUCGACCUCAAUCUUUUUAGAACGAAGCUAGAAAAGAUGAGAGAAGAGUGUUCCUCAUCUUCCUCCUCAUCGCCAUCAUCAUCAGCAUCAGCAUCACGGUCAUCAUCACCAUCACCUAACUGUGAGGAAACAGAAAGUUCUGCUUUCUGGGAAUAAGGUAAAAUUUUAAUCCCAUGAAUACUGUGAAUUAAAUCCAUUACCCCAAUACAGCUGGCUCCUUACUAGUCAUUUAUCCCUAGUUUUUUUUUUUUUUUUUUUUUUUUUUUUUUUUUUUUUUUUUUUUUUAUGAUCUGUAAUUGUGUAUUCCUCUCCCUCCCAUAACAAGCACAUAACAUAUAAACUUACCAGCAUAAAACAUACCCCAAUAUAAUGAAGACACACAUUAUAAUGAUAUAUGUAAAAGGUCCUAUGAUAAUGCUCCUCAUGGAGAACCUACAAUGGUGCCUCCCUCUAGAUGUCAUUCCUGCAUCCACCCCUUCCACUUAUGUAUGUACCCUUUCAAUUGCUGUGUUUUGCUUUUACUUUCAUGAGAAGCCUUGAGACACAGUGUCAAGUGGCAUUACAGUGACAUAUGCAUUCUUCUAAAAAUCUAAUGCUGAAUGCAGCACUGCAAUCUGAUAACUCACUAUUACAUGACUCUGAUGCUAUGAGUGAGUGUGACUGUCACCAUUGCAUUAUAAUGUAGUAAUAAUUAGCUGAGAGUCUGUCAGCCCCUUAAACCUUACUGGAUUCCUGUGUACAACAUUAGUAAUGGAUAUUGUUUCUCAAUAAAUGUUAGUAUUGCUCAGGUAUCCUACAGGUUGUCACAAUAUAUAAAGGUAGUCAUGUUAUGAAACUUAUGACAAAAAAAAGAGAUUAACAGCUAAACCCAGACUGGAUCUGCAGCAUCAUUGUAACAGGAAUCCUGAAUACUUUUAAGAAAUAAAUUUCAUGAAGGAAAUACCAUCCAUUUUCUGAAUUAUUUUAGUGUGAUGCUGAAUUACAUUAUUUUGCCUUGUAGUUUCUCACAAUAAACUAAUGUGUAUUUGGCACUAUGCAAGUAGAAGGAUCAACUAUCUUUUCAAGUCUCAUAUUGAUGUCAGUAUUACACUGCAUCAGUGCAAUAUAUAUAUAUAUAU